UUAUAAAAGUUUUGAGGUUAUGUUUGUUCUGAUGUUUAUGCAGUCGUGUUGAACUUUAAAGAAUAUUGUUCUUUCUUUUUAAGUAUCUAUAUAAAGUUUAUUAUAUAUCAGAUAAAUAAUUAAAUAAUGUACCAUGAGUGAUAUAUUAAAAGAUACUCGUUUCGCAAAAUAUCUCAACGACCCGCGCUACAAACAAAUACCCAAACAUGAACGGAAAGUUAAAAUCGAUAAAAGGUUUCAGUCUAUGUUUAAUGACUCGAAGUUUAAAGUUAAAUACACGGUUGACAAACGAGGCCGACCAGUGAACGAAACGUCAACAGAAAAUUUACGAAAAUAUUAUGAACUGGACGAAUCCGAAGAUGACAGUGGUGCUGAGGAACAGAUUCAAGAAGAUGAAGAAGAGUCAGAGGAAACACCUGGUCGAUUCGUAAAGAGGCCGAAAGAUGAAGAAGACGAAAAACUAGAUAAUAAGUCGGAGGCCGUUAAGUUCGAGAAUGAUAAAUUAGAGCGGGGAAAAUUGGAUGAAAAAACAAAAUCUAGAUUGUAUGACUUAGACAUUGAUUAUGCUAGAGGUGAAGGUUUGUUGCAAACGGACAGCUCAUCAGAUGAGGAAACCACUGAGGAGGAGGAAGACAGUGAACUUGAACAUGAGUGGGGAGAGUUAGAUGCCGAUGCAGACACUACUGAUGAGUCAACACGAAGGAUUGCUAUCUGUAAUAUGGAUUGGGACAACAUUAAAGCAUCAGAUGUAAUGGUUUUAUUGAACUCUUUUGUUCCACCUGGUGGUGUCAUACACAAAAUUACUAUUUAUCCAUCAGAGUAUGGUUUGAAGAGAAUGCAAGAGGAAGAAGUCCGUGGCCCCAUUGAACUGACUGAAGAGAAAGUUGAUGAUUUAGAUGAUAAUGGUGGAAAUGAAGAAGGUUCUGCAUACCACAUGGAGAAACUGCGUCGGUAUCAGUUAAACAGAUUGAAAUACUACUAUGCUGUUGUGGAGUGUGAUUCUGUGGCAACUGCUGAUAAGUUAUACACUGAAUGUGAUGGAAUGGAAUACGAGAGCAGCGCUACAAGGCUAGACAUGAGAUUUAUACCUGAUGAUGUCACUUUUGACCAGGCGCCUCGUGAAGAAUGUACGAAACUUCCGGAUUUGACAAAGUACAGACCACGAUUGUUCACUACAACCGCGCUACAGCAAGCUAAAGUAGAAUUGACGUGGGAUGCCACUAAUCCCAACCGCGCUGAAGUUAUUAAAAGUGCUCUUGAUGGAAAAAUUGACGAUCUUGAUCUUAAAGACUAUUUAGCCUCAAGCAGUGAAAGUGAAGAAGAAAAUAAUUCAGCAGAUGAAGGUACUCAACAGGAAAAUGACGAGGAUCCUAUACAGAAAUAUAAAAAAAUAUUACAAGACAUUGAAACAAAAGAAGAUAAGAAAAGCAAUAAAGAUAUGGAAAUGGAAAUAACUUGGGGCCUUGGUGUUAAAGAUAAAGCAGAAGAGUUGGUCAAAAAGAAACUUACUGAAGAUAACACAGAAUUAACUCCAUUUGAAAAGUUGUUGAAGAAACGAAAAGAGAAAAAGAAGCAGAAAAAAAUUAAUAAAUUGAAACAAGAGCAAGGCAAGUCUGAUGAAUCGGAAGGAAAUAUGUCAGAUGAUGAUAUACCUUCAGACAUUGACAUGAAUGAUCCUUACUUUGCUGAAGAAUUUAAUAAACCUGAAUUCAAGAAAGGUAAAUCAAAAGGCUAUAUAGAUAACGACAUUGCCAACGAAAACAUAGAUGAGAAUGAAGAGAAAAGAAAAGCAGAAUUAGAGUUAUUGUUGGACGACGAUGACGAUGGUAAAGCUCAUUUCAGUUUGAAGAAGAUACAAGAAGCAGAAAAUGACACAAAGAAGUCAAAGAGGAAAAAGAAAUUAAAAGAAAAGAUGAAGGAACAGAAACAAGCCACGCCAGAUUUUGAAAUAAAUUUAAAUGACGAACGGUUUUCUGCACUAUAUAAUUCUCAUCUUUACAACAUCGAUCCUAGUGAUCCAAACUAUAAGAAAACGAAAAAUAUGGAAAAACUUAUUCACGAAAAGUUAAAACGGCGACCUACUGAUACCGAUAUAGAAACAGAGCAUAAAUCUAAGAAAUCUAAAGAGGACGCUGAACUAAGCUUGUUAGUGAAAAAUGUUAAACGAAAAACUGGUAAUAUUAUUAAGAAAUAAAAUUGGUUUUGUUUAUAAA